UUCAUCAGCUCUGGCAUGCUCCACAUCAACUGUGAGCUCACAUGGGAGUGGAGUAGACGGGGAUGUUUCGUGCAGAAGAAAACAACCAGCGCGCGCAAACCAAGACCUUACUGGAGAGCUGCAAAUGAGGCACAAGAGGAUGACAGAUGGGUCCACUAGAAGAGAUGGGGAAGAAGAUGUCACGGGCGUGUCAGAGGAGAGAGAGAGAGAUGGGGGAGGAGAGAGAGGAGAGAGAAGAGAUGAGGUGGAAGAUGAGAAACGGCCGAGUUGGUGAAGAUGCUCUCACUGGGAAAUGCUCUCGCAACUCGCAAGGCUAGCUUGAGAAGGGAAGAAGCUCUUUGGCUCUUUGCACUUUUGCAGAGCUGUUAGGCUAUAAAACCAUUUUCUUGUCGCGCGAAGGUGCGAAGGUCCUGAUUUCUCGCAUUUGCGCCCGCGAGCAGCCGGACUGCUGCGCCCUCUCUCAUUUGCAGUGGAGCGUAUUUGGGAAGGCUGUGGUGACUGAAUACUGGCAAGAUGGGGAGUUUGCACAAGAUGACCUGUGUUCUCGUCACGUUCUGCUUGCUGGUGCUGGGGAGAGCAGAGUAUCUCAAGUACAAGGAUCCAAAGCAAUCUCUCGCUGUUCGCAUCAAGGAUCUGCUUGGUCGGAUGACUCUCGCAGAAAAGAUAGGACAGAUGACACAAAUUGAGAGGGAAGUUGCCACGAAAGAGGCUAUGUCUAAAUACUUCAUAGGUAGCGUGCUGAGUGGCGGAGGCAGCGUGCCUGCUCCUCAAGCGUCUGCUGAGUCUUGGGCUUCAAUGCUGGCUGAAAUGCAAAAGGGUGCUAUUUCUACCCGCCUAGGUAUUCCGAUGAUCUACGGUAUUGAUGCUGUCCAUGGUCACAAUAAUGUCUACAGAGCUACUAUCUUCCCCCACAAUAUUGGGCUUGGAGCUACCAGGGAUCCUAUGCUGGUGAAGCGUAUAGGAGAAGCAACUGCUCUUGAAGUUAGAGCAACUGGAAUUUCUUACGUUUUCGCUCCGUGUAUUGCGGUUUGUAGAGACCCAAGAUGGGGACGCUGCUACGAAAGCUAUAGUGAAGACCCAAAGGUUGUCCAGGCAAUGACCACACUUAUCUCUGGAUUGCAAGGCGAUGCUCCGUCAGGUUACACUGGAAGACCAUAUGUUGGUGGAAGUAAGAAGGUUGCUGCAUGCGCAAAGCACUAUGUCGGUGAUGGUGGGACAUAUAUGGGAAUCAAUGGAAACAAUACAAUCAUCGAUACCCAUGGGCUAAUGAGCAUUCAUAUGCCUGCUUAUUAUAAUUCUAUCAUCAGAGGUGUCUCCACCAUUAUGGUCUCCUACUCUAGUUGGAACGGAGAGAAAAUGCACGCUAACCAUUUCCUAAUCACUGAUUUUCUCAAGAACAAACUCAAAUUUCGGGGUUUUGUGAUUACAGACUAUCAAGCCAUUGAUCAGCUCACUUCUCCUACGCACCUGAACUAUUCUUAUUCAGUUCAGGCUGGAAUUGGUGCCGGUAUUGACAUGGUCAUGGUUCCUUUUAACUACACAGAAUUCAUUGAUGAACUGACGUCCCAAGUUAAGAAAAACAUUAUCCCAAUGAGCAGAAUCGAUGAUGCUGUCUACAGGAUUCUACGGGUCAAGUUCACUACGGGUCUAUUUGAGAACCCUUUCGCCGAUCCAAGUCUCUCUAGUGAACUCGGCAAGCAAGAACACCGAGAACUUGCUCGGGAAGCUGUCAGGAAAUCCUUGGUGUUGCUGAAAAAUGGAAAAUCUUCCGACACUCCAUUGCUGCCUCUCCCGAAGAAAGCCAAUAAGAUCCUAGUUGCCGGAAGCCACGCUGACAACUUGGGCAACCAAUGUGGAGGAUGGACGAUCACUUGGCAAGGAGAAUCUGGCAAUAACAACACUGCAGGCACGACGAUCCUCUCGGCGAUCAAGUCCACAGUCGACCCCAGCACCCAGGUGGUCUACGCGGAGAACCCGGAUAGCAGCUCCGUGGAGGCUGGCAACUACGACUACGCCAUCGUGGUGGUCGGUGAGCCGCCCUAUGCUGAAUCAGCGGGCGACAACCUGAACCUGACGAUCCCGGCACCAGGCCCGGCAGUGAUCCAGACCGCGUGCCAGAGCAUCAACUGCGUGGUGGUCCUCAUCUCAGGCAGGCCUCUGGUGGUGGAGCCAUACAUCGGCGCCAUUGACGCGUUUGUGGCUGCGUGGCUGCCCGGCUCAGAGGGACAGGGCGUUGCAGACGUACUGUUUGGUGACUACGGGUUCACGGGGAAGCUGCCACGGACGUGGUUCAGGUCGGUGGACCAGCUGCCGAUGAACGUCGGUGACGAGCACUACAACCCGCUCUUUCCCUUCGGAUUCGGGCUCACCACGGAGGCGAAGAAAUUAGUCGGAUGAGACGGGAUGAACACUGUAAGAAAUCAGAUACUACGCAUGCCUUUGUGUUGGAUUUGUUGGCAAUAAAGUGCCAUGCAUACCGUGAGUUCUGAAGUAAAAAAAAACAAUUACACUUGAAACUUCUCAACAUCCUUCUUUUCAUUUAAAAAAUUAAGGGUUGCGUGCGUGCAUUAGCUAAUGUUUGUGACCUCCUGGCUGAUUUGGAUCGUACAAAUUCAGAGGAGAUCCUUUGCUUUCGUUGGUUGCAACAUUAGAUAGAGUAACCUUAAUCUUUUGGCUGAAUCUCUUAAUAAGAUGGGUUUGAAGGCUCAAUCCAAUGAUAUGUCGGUUGGGCUUGUCUCUGAUCUGAUUCCUCAAGGCACUGCUAUUUUACAAUAUGAGGAUGAUAGUGUAUUACUCAUGAUCCUGAGAAAGCUAUUAACCGGAAAUUGCUUUUGUAUUGUUUUGAACUGAUGUCUGACUUAAGAAUUAAUUUCAUGAAAA